GUUUGUGAGCGUGAAGCGAGUGCAAGUUCUGAUCCCUCAUGGCUGACGGGCUGAUUCUCAGGGCUAUUCGAGGCAAAGCCAAGACGUUAAAUCUGAACGGAAAGAGGCUGCAGCGGGUCCCUGUAGCGGUGGGCUGCCUUAUAAGCCUGACCGAGCUGCAGCUAAAGAACAACUUGCUCUGCCGGCUCCCCGUGGAAUUGAGCGCCCUCUGCAGGCUAAGAGUGUUACAUUUAGGAAACAACCACUUUGAGAAAGUUCCAGAAGAAAUAAAGUAUGUAAAAUGUUUAGAAAGGCUUCAUCUCUUUGGAAAUAGGAUCUCUGAGAUACCGGCAGCUGCGCUUGAUGGCUUGGACAAUCUGUUAUUUCUAAAUCUGAACAACAAUUUGCUGGAGCACCUUCCCAGAGAGAUAUACAAGCUACAGAGUUUGGAGACAUUGAGUAUUAACAAUAACCAUAUGAAGGCCAUUCCAAAGGAACUGUGUUUUCUACAAAACCUACAGGAACUCCACCUGGCAAACAAUCAGCUGGACUCUUUACCUGACGAGUUGUCUUACUUAACUAAUCUGAAGGAGUUACGUCUGUCAAGAAACCAGCUAACUGGCCUUCCAGAAGGUAUUUGCAAACUGAUAAAGCUCAAAAUUCUUGAUGUGGCAGGAAAUUUUAUUCGGUCUUUUCCAUCUGCGAUGCACAGGGUUCCUCUGACGGAACUGUACUGUGAAGAAAAUCCGCUGCUAGAGAAACAGCCGGUGUUUGCUAGACAACAAGAGGAAAUAUUGACUCUGAAGGAAAUAACUGCUAGGCUGAUAUUGAACCAUCUGCGCAGCAGAAACUCAUUCUUCAUAGAACAAAUCCAGCAACAUCCAGAAGCAAGAUCAGUCCUCUCAAGUAGAAACAUCUGUGCUUUGUGCGGAACGUGGUUUCUAGACAUGUGGCUCGAAUGUGUAACAUUUGUGGAUGUGAAAAAAAAAAUGAAGACUUCAAGUAAUCUUCAGCUUCUGCCAGUCAGAGUGUUAUUGUGCUCUUACAGAUGUUUCAACCAAAAACAAGCUGGUAUCUUUGGAGUUGCAGUACAAUAAGUUGCAGAUGAUUGAGUUUUGGUAUUUGUAAAUAGUGACUGUAGUGCCAGUGUAAUGUAAGUGUGUGCUAGCAUUUGUUGUUGUCAUAUCUUUACUGUAAUUAAAAUGUUCUUUUCAGAA